UUUAGCUGGCAUAGUGGGGAGCUAGAAAGUAGCAACCAACAAUUGACAAUGUCCUCCUUCUGCGAGUGGGUGAAGACCAACGGUGUCGUCCAUCUGAAGCUCACUGGGGGAGGCGAUGAUCACUACCUAACCAUGGAGGCUCUCGAUGAGCUCCACCACAAGCUUGCCGAGAUCCGUAAGCUCGCAGCGGUGGAGCCAUGCCGUGGCCUCAUCACCUCGUCAUCGACGGGCUCCUUCUGCAACGGCAUCGACUACUACGAGCAUGCCCGGGCAAGCAUGGAGAUGACGGUCGCCGAGAAAGCCAGUGUCCUAGCCGACCGCAUGGCUGCGGUGAUAAAGGAGCUCCUGGCCAUGCCGAUGCUGACGGUGUGCGCGGCGACGGGCAACGCGGCGUCCCUGGGGCUGGCCCUUGCGCUCGCGCACGAUGACCUUGUUGUCCUUAGUGAGGCAAGCUACAGUCUUGGUAUGGUGAAGGAAGGCGUCGCCGUGCAUCCACAUAUCGGAGCUCUGAUACGGGAGAAGACGGACCGAUGGUACACGCUGACGACGCUCAAGUCACGGAGCCACUCUGGAAACUGGAUGAGGCGUUGGUAUGUCGCCGACUGUGAAGCAGGCAGCCCGGAUGAUGUGCUGCGAGAGGCACAGAAGCUCGUCGACGAGUGGACCAGCAGUGACGGGAUGGUGCACGCCGAUAUGAGGAAGCAGCUCUACCGGGAGACCUGGGCGGCAGUGUCUGCCAUAGUUCCAGAAUGAACUAGCGAGGAGGUACCUAGUUGGGCAUUCAGCCCUAUGCGUUGUUUCUAAUUGUUUCUUCAUGGUUUUACUUUUCGUGGCAUUGUGCAAUGAAUGUAACGUUGUGAUCCAGGAGGAAUAAAAUGUAAACUCGGUCCCUGCUUUUCAACUAUUUUAAUUUAAUUAACUGUUGUUAUCACAGCAAAUUACCAUG